AUGUCGACCACACUUGGGUCCUUCAUCGCGGGCGGAAUAGCAGCAUGCGGAGCCGUAACGGUAACCCAUGGCUUCGAGACGGUCAAGAUCCGACUACAAUUGCAAGGCGAGCUCAAAGCCAAAACGGAUGCGCCGCGGUUAUACAAAGGUGUCUUCCACGGCGUGAGCGUCAUCUUGAAGAAUGAAGGGCCCAGAGGACUCCUACGAGGAUUAGGCUGCGCCUACAUCUACCAAAUGACCCUAAACGGAUGCCGUCUAGGCUUCUACGAACCCAUCCGCAAAACCCUUACAAAAGUCGCCUACACCGACGGCAACGUCCAAUCCUUUGGCAUCAAUCUCUUCGCCGGCGCCUCGUCUGGCAUCCUCGGCGCCGCCUGCGGCUCCCCCUUCUUCCUCGUAAAAACCCGCCUGCAAUCCUACUCGCCCUUCCUCCCCGUCGGCACCCAGCACCACUACAAAAACGCCGUCGACGGUAUGCGCCAAAUAUACACGCAUGAGGGCGUAAAGGGAUUGUACAGAGGCGUGGGACCCGCAAUGAUUCGCACGGGCUUCGGCAGCUCGGUACAAUUGCCCACGUAUUUCUUCGCAAAGAGACGGCUGGUUAAACAUUUGGGUAUGCAGGAGGGUAUGCCGCUGCAUAUUGCUAGUAGUACGGCGAGUGGGUUUGUCGUUUGUUGUGUUAUGCAUCCGCCGGAUACGAUCAUGUCGCGCAUGUAUAAUCAGACGGGCAAUCUGUACUCGUCGGCGUAUGACUGUUUGUCUAGGACGAUCAAGAUGGAGGGUAUUCUUGCGCUAUACAAGGGGUAUUUUGCUCAUUUGGCAAGGAUUCUGCCACACACUAUUCUUACCCUUACCCUCGCGGAGCAAACUAUUAAACUUAUGCGUAUAGUGGAAGAUCGCAUAUUGCCCGCCGAGGUCAAGACAAAGGUAUGA